AUGCCUUCCGACAACAAGGGAUCGUCUUACAGCUACAAGAGCUCCGGUACCAACACUGAGGGCAACCACUACUGCGCUCGUGAUUAUGGAUCCGCAGCUCCCAACCAGAACUCGUAUCACUACUCCAACCAGGAUGGUUCCUACUACUACUCCAACUCGGAUGGCAGCAAGUACUACAACUCUGGCAAGGGGGAGGCUUCGUACCAGCCACCUAGCUCGUCGAAGAAGUGA